AUGAACUCUGAAUUACACUCUAAUAGAGAACUGUUAUAAGGAAUGAAAAAAUCAGAUUCAAUGAGAAGCUAGAGACAAUUAAAAUCCUGUCCAGCUUACUUCAAAACAUUGCAAUUUUCAAAAUAUCAAAAUAUUUAGACAUCUGAAUAAAAUUAGUAAUUUUCUAAGGCGAACCCCCUAAACGUUUUCAUCAGAAUAAUAAAGUUUAUUACAUUAAUCACACAAUCUAUAUUUCCAUAGGAUUUUAAAUAUUUGGAUGCCAACAUGUUUAAAAUAAUUGGAGAUAAAGCAGCAGAUUUUAGCUUUUAUGUGAAACAUGAUUACUUCAAAUAUAUAGUAAAUAUUAUUUAAUCAUAGAAAGCAGCUCCAGAGUCUAGGCUCUAACACAUAUUAUAAAUAACUAUACUCAAAUAUUACACUAUACAAUCAUUAUUUGAAUACUUUUCCCAUAGUAAAUUCCUUUUUAAGCCCGAAUAAACAUGUAUUCUCAUAUGGAAUGUUUACUUGCUUAUAAUGAUAAACUUUAACUUUUUGUAUUGUUCCAUUAAAUUCUCCUUUGACUUCGAUAGCAGAGAGCCAGAAAAUUACAAACAAAGCGAGAUCUUCUUCCUGAUAAUUCCCUUUAUCAGUUAUUUAAUAGACAUUUUAGUGAAAUUAAAUAGUUGUUAUUAUGAGGCAGGCUAUUUGGUGACAGACAGACAUAAAAUAAUUAAAAACUUUUAUCAUUCGAAUGAAUGCAUAAUUGAUUCAAUAAUCAUAGUGAUAUCAUUAGGUUAUUUUUUUGAUUCGCAAGGUAACAAUCUGUUGUCACUAUUUAUGAUAAUAAAAAUAUUGGAUGUUCCAAAAAGAGUAGGAUUGAUACUGGAUAAAUUGGAAUUGACAACCAAUUAUUGGGCAGUCUAUGAUUUAGUCCGAUUGAUCUAUUUGAUAAUAAUUGAAGCACACACAUUUUGUUGUUUUCUAUAUUAUGUGGGGAAACAAAAUAAGGAUGUCUCUUGGAUUAUCAAAGAAGAUUUAGUUGAUGCUAAUUUUAUAACAAGCUACGUAAAUAGUAAAAUGAAUUUAGUUGACCACAUUUUAUUGGAGUGUAAUAACUAUGACCACAAUUGGAUACGGAGACUUUACUCCUUAGAAUUUGAAUGAAAGAGUAUUGAUAAUAUUUGUAGCCAUUGUAUCUUGUUGUACAUUCGGGUUUUUUGUAUCAUCAAUAGGAUAAAUCAUCUAUUCAAUAUAGAAGAAAGAACAACAAAUAAGAUUAGAUUUGAACGAUUUGAAAAAAUAUUUGAGGGUGAGAGGUUUUAACUCAGAAUUGCAAAUAAAAAUUAGAAGAUAUUUUGAGUACUUAUGGAAUGAUUGCAUGGGACAAGAUUAAUUCGAUAUGUCUAAAUUGUAACAACUAUUACCUAGCAAUUUGUAUACUGUAAUAAUAUACAAAUUAUUUUAGGAAAUGAUAUUAGAUUUAAAUCUGAAAAGCAUAUCAAAGAUUCCAUUUUUUCAUGAUAAUUUUAGUUCUGAUUUUUUGUAGGCUUUGGCUGGUGAUUUCGAAGAGGAGAAGCUGACCCCUUGGUAGAGUAUUUUUACAAAAGGAGAAUAGAGUAAAUAUCUUUACAUCCUUUGUGAAGGGGAAGUCGAGUAUUACGUAUCUCUUCCAGAAGGUUCUGGCAAUUGUGUAUCCAUUCAGAAAAUGGAUGGGUAAGAUGAAAUUUUUGGACAAUAAGAUUUUUUAUUGGACCAAAACUACUCAAUAAAUUGCAGAACUACAAAGCCAUCUAGAAUAUUAAAAAUGCAUAGAGAUAAGUUUCAAUAGAUAGCAAAGAAGUUUGGUUAUGUAUAAAAUUUUAAUAAGCUUUAGGAAAAAUAUUGUUAAUUAAAAGAUUUGGUAAAAUUCUCAGGAAGAUUUGAUGAGUUCCAUAUUUAAUGUAUUGGGUGUAAUAAAUCAACUCACUUACUUUAUAAUUGCCCAAUGCUUACGGGAUUUCCAAGUAGAACAAAAACCUUGUUGAAAUAUAAGAAAAAGUGUUGUUAAGAGAGGAAUGCUUUUAAGAGAACCAAUUUAGAAAAGAGAAUAUCUACUCUAAGUGUGGAAGGCAAAAUCGCAGAUAGUGUGUUAUAUUAUUUGUUGAAAGAUCCGAAAAUGUCAGAAGAAUUCAAUUAUCAACUUAAAAGGAAUAUGGCGUCAUCUUAAAAUGGAUAUCUUAGAAAAUCUUAAAAGAAGAUAACCAAUAUACCAAAAAGAGGAGUGCCGUUGUUUUUAAGUCAAGAAUAAUUUUCGAAAACAGCAGAAACUAAUUUCGAAGAAAAUCUAGGAUUACAAUUCAGUAAAGGCGUAUUUUAGUAAUAGAAGAAAAUGACACCUUUGGAUUAAGAACUUAGUCAAGAAGAGAGUUCUAAAAUAGUUGCUACAGUGAAUAAACAGUUUUUAACAAAGAGAACUUCAAACUUAAGCAUUGGUAAAACCAAUGAGGUCAUUUAAGAGGUGGAAAAGGAUUAUGAUUCGAAGGAUGAGAAGACUCUAUUGAUUGAAUCUAAAAGUAUGAUACACUAUAUUAAAAAGGAGAUUACUAAGAAUCUAUGGGGAGGUAUAAGGAUAUUUUUGAGUCUUUUGAGAUUCAGCGCGAUUAUGAAUUAUACAUGCCUCACAUGAACUUCAAAUUAAUUUAAGAACUUUUCUAAAGGAGUAGGGAAAUAGCUAGUUUCCAUAAUUUCAUCGAUGUGAACAUUGUGAAAAGAAAAUGGAAAAGAUCUAAAAUAGUCAUUGUCUUGGAAUCUUGA